AUGGGCGCCAGCGGCUCCAAAGCUAGGGGCCUCUGGCCCUUUGCCUCGGCGGCGGGGGGCGGCGGCCCGGAGGCGGGGGUAACCGAGCAAGCUCUGGUGCGGCCUCGAACCCGAGCGGUGCCUCCUUUCGUAUUCACACGCCGCGGCUCCAUGUUCUAUGAUGAAGAUGGGGAUCUGGCUCACGAGUUCUACGAGGAAACAAUCAUCACCAAGAACGGGCAGAAGCGCGCCAAGCUGAGGCGGGUGCAUAAAAAUCUGAUUCCUCAGGGCAUCGUGAAGCUGGAUCCUCCCCGCAUCCACGUGGAUUUCCCAGUGAUCCUCUAUGAGGUGUGAGCCUAUCGGUUGGCAGACACAAGCACCCACUGCCCAGCAAGAAACUCCCUCCCAGGUUAAAGGUGUGGCUUCCAUUGAGGAAUCCAGGCUGGGGCCACAACCCUGAAUAAGACUCCGUUGGCCCAGAACCUUCGGCGGUGAGCGGGACAGUCCCAUAGGUGUUAACUUGUAUUGGUUUGUGUGUGGACAAAAGGUGAUGGGCGACUGGUGAGGGCUAAAGACAGAAGCACCAGACCACCCUUCCAAGCCACGCCUGCAGAAAUCAUGGCGGGACAUAUGCGGGUCAGGAAUGCCUGGUUCCUAGUUCCUUGCCUGGCCUACCUUCUUCCAA